AUGAAUACCAUCAUACUCGGACUGACAUUUUUCACUAUUUUUUCAAGGUAUACCUUAGCGACACGCGGAGGACAAUAUGACCCGUCUAGGGAUGGAGAAUAUAGUGGCUAUAGGUCAACUAAUUUAUCACAAAAUUCUGCUCCAAAAGAUCAGUUCGCUGAGCUCCAGACUAAGUUAAAACAGAACGCUAUGGACGCAAUAAAUGCUAUUGUGAAGAGAAAUAAGCUAAUGAAAGAGGUAAUAACGCUCAAAAAUAAUGCAUAUGGAGCUGAGGCACACCUUAGAACAUCCUCAGAAAGGGGACAAGAACAACUGAAUACCUUAGAGGGGCAAAUUUCCAGAUUAAUAAAGACUGAAACUUCAAAACUUACCAAGAUAUACCUUGAUUCCAACUCUAUGAUACUGAAAAUAAAUAGAGUAUUGGUUGGGGAAUACAGUGAUGAUGCCAUUCUAGCCAAAGUACAAGAGGCAAAGGAGAUGUUGGAGAGGAAUAAACCGGCACUUGAGGAACUCGAGAAAGACUAUGAGGAUAAGGUUAUCAAGUUUGAGUGUAUCCGAACGGUAGCAGGUAGAAUGACUCAGUUUGAAUCUUAUUAUAUGGACAAUUAUAGAUUGUUAGGUGGUCCCACUGAAAGUUUUGUAAAUCCACAAAUAACACAAUCCUCUUCAAAGGCGGAAAUAAUUUUAAUUGCUGAUACCUUUGGAGCAAAACUUUCGGAUAUCAUGAGUCAAAUCAUCAAAAACAAAGAAGGAGCGCAAUCCUUAAUUUACUUGGCAAAUGAGAUGGUUGAGGAGUCUUCACCCCUUAUUUCCCCAAUACCAAAGUCUGAAGGAACUCAAGUUAUGCAUGGAGCAUACGAUAUCAUGGAAAAUAGAAAAAAUACUAUGGAAGAAGUUUUACAUAGUAUCAAUGAACUAACAGAAUCUGCACAACUGGAUGCUGCCGGAUCAAAUAGCGGAAUUGAAAGGUGUAUAGUGGCCCUAGCAAAUUUUAAAAAUGAUAAAAUUCCCAGUGAUUAUGUACGAAAUAUUUGUGAAAACGCUUUUAGGAAUGUAAAAUUGGCUUUGACCAUUAUUAAAGAUAAGAAAACUUUACUGGAAUCAGACUAUGAGAGGAUGAAUAGGUACUUUAGGGAUAUCAAAUUUUUCUCUAACAUGAUAGAUAUUCGCAUUGGCGUUUGA